AUGAGCAUCUACAGCGAACCCGACGAGAGUUUCAAUCACGGCCUAACUAUUUCAGGCGACAUCUUCUUCAGUGUCGACUAUGAUACAAAGCGCGGAGCCAUACGUAUAUUCAUGAAACAAGCCAGACAAAUAACCCCGGCUGACACCAAAGCCUCCACAUCGGAUACGUUUGUGAAGACCUAUCUCCUACCAGACAGAACGAAGGCCAGUAAGCGGAAGACCAGCCUAAAGAAACAUACAUUAAAUCCGGUUUUCAAUGAGGAAUUGGUUUAUCGUUUUCCAAAGUCCGACCUUGCCUACCGCACUCUCCAGGUGUCCCUCUGGCAUCAGAAGGCCUUCGGAGCAAAUCUCUUCCUCGGCGAGGUUCUCCUACCUUUGGGCGAAUUCCACUUUAGCGCCACACCUGAGUGGUACCCCUUACAGGACCGUCAAGUACACAUGUAUCCACACGGCGAGAUCCCCUUGACCAAAGGCUUCCUGACGGUGGGCUUAAAAUACCAGCCUCGAGUGCCCGACGGUCGGGCCACAGACAUGGGUGACCUCUACGUGAACAUUAGGGAGGCAAAGGAUCUGGAC